AUGAGAGGGUUGUACAGGGCCAAAACACCCACCUCAGGAGGGGAAGAGAAGAAAGCAACAUGCAGGGAGUAUCUCUUUUUACAGAAACAGAAACGGAGGGAAGCUUCCAAGAGGGGGGAGAUGAGGGCCAAUACAACCGAAGCUUCGGAGCUCGGGGGAAGAAGGACUAGAAGCAUAUGGACAUGUAGGAGUGAAGCAUUAGGGGACCGAAGUGACGAAGUGGAAAGGGGCGAACUUACCAGCAGCAGGAGCCUCUCAAGUGACCAAAGAAGACAGGGAUGA